GCUUUGGAUUUGGUAACCACAUCCCUAACACUCAUAUAAAUUGAUUCUCCCUCCAAUUUCUCCCCCAAUUACGUCCAGGAACCCUAGCUGCGGAGCUCACACUUGCACACACCUUCUCGCUGCAAUCCAGAGCUAUCCACCGGCAACUAUGGCGGACGUCGAACCCGAAGUAGCGGCUGGACUGCCGAAGAAGAGAACAUUCAAGAAGUUUAGCUUCCGCGGCGUUGAUCUCGAUUCUCUGCUUGACAUGUCGACCGAUGACCUCGUCAAGCUUCUCAGUGCCCGCGCCAGAAGGCGCUUCCAGAGAGGUUUGAAGAGGAAGCCCAUGGCCUUGAUCAAGAAAUUGCGCAAGGCUAAACGUGAAGCCCCAGCAGGUGAGAAGCCCGCCCUAGUGAGAACCCACGUGAGGAACAUGAUCAUUGUUCCCGAGAUGAUCGGAAGUGUUCUUGGAGUGUACAAUGGAAAGACCUUUAACCCCGUUGAAAUUAAGCCUGAGAUGAUCGGGCAAUACCUUGCUGAGUUCUCAAUCUCAUACAAGCCAGUCAAGCACGGUAGGCCCGGUAUUGGUGCCACCCACUCCUCUAGAUUCAUUCCUCUCAAGUAAAAACUCUACAUGGUGGAUGGUCGAGCAAAGCCUCGAGUGCUUGUGCAUUGGCUUGGCUUGCUACUCUGGGCUCUUUAGAGAGUUACAUGAGCCAUGCUCUGUGGAAAGGGAAAAUGUUGCAUUUCUGAAGUUUUGUUAGUGUGGUACUAUUAGUAAGUUAUGCGAAUUCUGCAUAUUGGAUUAUAGUACUUAUUUUCAUUGUA